AUGGGACCGAUUUGUAUUCUAUGUCCUACAGGUGUUCAUCGUUCUGGAACCUAUGCUGUUCUCGAUAUUGUUCUGGAUCGAGUAACUGCUGAAAAGAAGGUUGGCUUACUGGAAACAGCAAGUAUUGUACGGAAGCAACGUUAUGGAUGCAUGUCCUAUUACUCACACUAUAGCCAUGUGGCUGAUUUGGUUGUUCGAUAUGCGGUAGCUACGGGUGUCGUCGAUAUUGGACGCAUAAACCAAAAGGAAUAA